AUGUCGCAACCUCACCGUCCUAACCUCCUCGACCUACGUUCGAACUCGCACAUAUCCAAUGCGUCGUCCAGUUCAAAACCGCUGCGCUCGCCGCGCAUGCACAUCGCUGGCGAAGCACCGCCCGAGCUCUCGCCCCUAGAUGCUUUCGCUAUGCAAAGUCGCAUGCUGGCUAAGCAACUCAAGGCUAGCGAAAAAGAGGGCAACAGGAUGAGUCGACUACCGCCAUUGACCAUGGAGAGUCCUGUGAUUGUGCAAGGAAGAUCCGAUUAUUUCCGCUCCUUGUCAAAUGAGCCCGAAUCCGAGAAUGGUCUGUCGCCUGGAGAACUGCACCCCGGCCUGGGCUUGAGGACUGAAUACGAGGAAGCCUUUGAAGAAGCGGAAAGACCAAAGUCCAUGCAUCCGCGUAUGAGUCGCGUCCCUCCCACUCCAGACGAUGAAACGCCACCGCUACCACAGCAGCACAUUCGGAACGCGUCAAGAGGACGGCAGCUUGGUCAGAUUGAUGAAGACCCCGGUUUCUUUGGUGCACGAAGGGACAGGUCACCAUCGCCAAUCCAGAGCGAUGCGCAGUCGCUCCGUGAGAGGCCAUUCGAGCCUCCCCGUCCUCGGAAGGACAGCUCGCUACCACCACCUUCUCCUUUGCAGAAUGAGUCCCGACCGGACUCGGAAGAAAGACCGAAGCCAGGGUCCAUGGACGAACUUGGCCUGGCACCGCCACGAACUCUGUUUCCCCAGAGGACAUCAAGUAUCGUGUCGUCGCCCCUUUUACCGCCCGAGGAUGAGGUGGCCAGCAACAUCUUUGAUAUACCCUCGCGACAAGCAUCUUCUGAUAGCCAGCCUUCUUUCAUCUUGGCGGACGAAUCCGUGCAGACUCCGACCAGCAUGCACAGCGAGGCCUUCCUUCAACAGCCCCCGGAAACACCCGGACCUGGCGCCCCUUCGUACAUAUACUCCAAAUUUACGCUCCCUCGAGGAAAGAUGGUACAGAGAGAUGAUGAAUCAGAAGACCAGAUGGACCACCCAACACAGCAGGGUGUUGUAACGACAGCACCGCCCUCACCUCCUUUACGACCUACCGGUUCAUCGGGUCCAGUCGCAGAUGACGCCGCAAGCCAGCUCAGCAGCGUGAUGAGGCCUUCCAUGGACACUAGCCGCGGCAGCAGGAGCAUGGAAAAUCCUAGACUGCCUGCAGAUUACCCGCCUGUCCCACGUAGCCAGCCGUCGCAGGAACUAGCUCGCGUGUCAGAAGAUUCGCCCAGAGGUCGGUCCCGCACGUCAGAACUACAUGAGCCUUUCCGCGGUCGUGGCGUGACACCCUCAUCGCAUACUGGAACGAACGACUCGGCCAGUACUGUGCGCCCGCCGCCGACGGCUAGGUCGAACGCGCCGACUGCAUCCGAAAUGUCUGCCGAGGAGCACCUUGCCAAAGGUGUCGAAUGUCACGAGAAUGGGUCUUUGCAAGAGUCGACAUACCACCUGCGCUAUGCUGCCCGCCAGAAUAAUCCCACAGCAAUGUUGCUCUAUGCUUUGGCAUGUCGACAUGGCUGGGGUAUGCGUGCAAACCAGAAGGAAGGUGUUUCGUGGCUCCGCAAGGCCGCCGACUACGCCCAAAUAGAGAUUGCCGACGAUGAGGACCAGGCCAAGGGGGGAAAGCACGUUGAUGCUGUGGAGAGGAGGACGCGCAAGGCGCAGUUUGCGUUGAGCAUAUACGAGCUUGGUGUCAGCCACAUGAAUGGCUGGGGUAUCGAACAAGACAAGGCCUUGGGCCUUAGAUGUUUCGAGAUUGCUGGCAAAGCUGGCUUCUGCUACGCACAAGGUAUUGGUUGCAAAAAGGAUCUGAAGAAGAGCGCAAAAUUCUACCGCAUGGCUGAAGCCAAGGGCAUGAGCAUGGUCGGGAAUAGCUGGAUCCACAAACCCAAGUACAUGGAAGAUGAUUCAAGCAGCACCGCCAAAUCACCGAAGAGGGACAAGAAGAAGUCGCGCAGUAAGUCCCGCACUAGGGCAAUGUUUGGCUUGAAGUCGUAA